AUGGCUUCCAAAGGAAACGAGCUGCCGGACUUCACAGUCAGCGACUAUGUCAAGUUCUUCUGCGCAGGCGCGCUUGCUGCUACAUCAACUCAUGCGGCCGCGACGCCGAUUGAUGUUGUCAAGACGCGAAUUCAGGUCGACGAUGCCAUGAAGGGACUCAAUAUGGUUCGAGCAGCUCGGACAAUUGUUGCAAAAGAGGGUUCAUCGGCAUUGUUGACCGGCUUCGGUCCAACCGCCGUCGGUUAUCUGGUCCAAGGCGGCGCCAAGUUUGCCGGAUACGAAUUCUUCAAAAAGCAGUACAUUGCGUUGGCAGGAGGACCAGACAAAGCCGUCAGCAGCCGCAUGGGCAUAUACCUGGGUGCCAGUGCUACAGCAGAGUGUUUUGCAGAUAUUCUGCUUUGCCCCCUUGAGGCAACUCGAAUCCGACUAGUCUCGCAGAGAGGCUACGCGAGUGGGCUGACGUCGGGAUUUAUGCGAAUGGCCCGAGAAGAAGGCUUUCGAGGAUUCUACUCGGGUUUCGUGCCGCUGCUGUUCAAGCAGGUGCCGUUCGCCGUCGGGCAGUUCUCAGUCCAUGAAGCCGUCAACGAGAUCAUUUUUCGGUCAAUGGGCCCAGAACGAAAGGCCAAGCUCACCAGCCUGGAGUCAACGGGAGUGGAGCUCACGUCGGGUCUGGCUGCUGGUGCCGCCGCUGCCGUGCUGUCACACCCAGCAGACACGUUGCUCUCUGCCAUCAACAAGGGAGCUGGGGACGGGAGCCAGAGUGCCACAAGUAGAAUGUUUCAACUGGCCAAGGAAUUCGGCCCCAAGAGGUUGUUGUUGACCGGGUUAGGGCCACGUCUGGUCAUGACCUGUGCACUGGUUUCCGGGCAAUUUGUCAUAUAUGCGCGAUGCAAGGAGCUGACUGGCGCACCGCCAAGUAUCGAAAUUCACAAGGAGAAGGCCUUGUAG